GAAAAGACGAGCACAACCCUUUCAAGAAGGGCGAGAAGGUCCGAAUAGCCUUCAAGUGAAGUACCCACCCCACGCGGCCACGCACCGCGGCGGCACUGCGGCGCACGACACGAGAUAACCACUUCUCUCUCCAUGUCCUCUCCUCCCACGCCGCUCCGCCACCUCCUGCCGCCGGCGCGCGGAUUCGUUCGCAGCGAUGGCGCCGUCCAGGCACGCUGAGGAGGGCGGGCAGCUCCAGCUCAUGGAGGCCGACAGGGUCGACGAGGAGGAGGAGUGCUUCGAGUCCAUCGACAAGCUGAUCUCUCAAGGGAUAAACGCAGGAGAUGUCCAGAAGCUGCAGGAUGCGGGAAUUUACACAUGCAAUGGCCUAAUGAUGCAUACCAAGAAGUCUCUUACAGGAAUCAAAGGUUUAUCUGAAGCUAAAGUUGAUAAGAUCUGCGAGGCAGCUGAAAAACUUCUGAGCCAGGGCUUCAUGACAGGAAGUGAUCUCCUUCUUAAGAGGAAGUCUGUUGUUUGGAUUAUAACUGGGAGCCAGGCACUUGACGAGCUGCUUGGCGGAGGGAUUGAAACACUUUGCAUCACAGAGGCAUUCGGGGAGUUCCGGUCAGGGAAGGCUCAGUUGGCUCAUACUCUCUGUGUCUCCACUCAGCUUCCAAUCCACAUGCAUGGGGGGAAUGGGAAGGUCGCCUACAUCGACACUGAGGGAACAUUCCGACCUGAACGUAUUGUGCCAAUUGCUGAGAGAUUUGGGAUGGAUGCCAACACUGUUCUUGACAAUAUCAUAUAUGCUCGAGCAUACACCUAUGAGCACCAGUACAACUUGCUCCUGGGCCUUGCUGCCAAGAUGGCUGAAGAACCUUUCAGGCUUAUGAUUGUGGAUUCUGUGAUUGCACUAUUCCGUGUUGAUUUCAGUGGCAGGGGUGAACUUGCAGAGCGUCAGCAAAAGUUAGCACAGAUGCUGUCCCGCCUUACCAAGAUUGCUGAGGAGUUAAAUGUGGCAGUGUACAUCACCAACCAAGUGAUUGCUGAUCCAGGUGGUGGCAUGUUCAUAACCGAUCCAAAGAAACCAGCAGGCGGCCACGUGUUGGCGCACGCUGCCACCAUCAGAUUGAUGCCGAGGAAAGGCAAAGGCGAGCAGCGUGUCUGCAAGAUUUUUGAUGCCCCUAACCUUCCUGAGGGAGAAGCUAUAUCCUUUUGCUUUAAUGAUAUUUAUGUUUACUGCUUGUAGUACUGAUUGCCUUAAUUUCACCGCUUGCUAAAAUCUAGCUAAAGGCAAACUCAUGUGAUAGUGAACGUAACUUGCUAAUCAAAAAAAAACUCGACCUGCGUGGGGUAAGACAGGCUCUGGGCAUUUUGCUAAGAAGAAAAUCUUAUCACGCAGGUCGACGUAACCUGCUAACUGGUGACUGCAAUGACUGAAAGCUUCAGAUGAUACAGAUUAGCAAUCUGAUGUGUAGAAAUUUUGUUUCCCCUGACCAACAGCACGUUUUCCAGGUUACAUCAGGUGGGAUAAUGGACGCAAAAGACUGAUUAUCCGCUCAGAGAGUGCUUCCUGUCCUAAGAUCGUUCCUUCUUCAGUGAAGUUUGCAACAUAUACGUCGGUACAUCGAGAGAAGUUACAGUAGUGUUAAUCUGUUUCAUCUUUGACAUAGAGAAAGUAGGCAAACUAUGGUGCUUAGGCCUCCUACUGGGCAUUUUUGCAUGGAGUUGAGAUCGAACCAAUUGUGCUGAG